AUGAUAAUCAAUAAUACAGUAUCAGAAUCAAUUCUUAUUAGACUUUUAAGGAUAAUUGCUCAAUUUUUCUUUAAAUCCGUUAGAUUUCUUCCAACAAACUACAAAAUCAUUGACGCACUGGUUCAGAACGCAGAAAAGCCAGUAGUUCUGAAUCUCCUUGAUUCUUUAAUUUCUGCAGAAAAAACAAACACAGAUUCUCUGAUAUACCUUCACAAAGAAAACUUACAUAAGAAAAUAUACCAAGAACUAGGAGAAUUAGUAAAUUCUCCAUCAGAUUCAAAUCAUCCCUUUUUAUUCGGACCGGUUGAUUCCAAAAGAUACGCUUUUUACCAAUUAAUAACUAAAAUGGCAAGGAGUGCUACUUUAGGCCAAAUUUACCGUCAUGAGAAGUUUUUAGACGUAAUUUUUCGACAACCAGAUAUUUUACCGAAUUACAUUAAGAACUAUAAGUGGUACGCAAUCUGUUCAACUUAUAAGCCUAAUAUGAUACAAAAUGCCAUUCCAAUUAUUGAAAAAUCAAUUGAAAUAAUUCAAUCAAUUUAUUUAUCAGACAGAUUUCAUUCUUUCUUUGCUUAUGCGUUCAGCUUUUUCAACCAGAACUUAAUGACGUUUCCUCAAUUAGUUUUGAGUUUGAUUGAAAAUCCUGAAUUAUUUUUAGAGAAAAUAAUGAAAGGAGUAUUGAAAUUCCGGAGCUGCACGAACAUGCAUUACCAUUUUCGCAAGUUUUAUGAGAUAAUGCUUAAUUUCAAAAAAUUUUCAAUAUAUUUAGUUAAUAACUAUGUUCCUGUUUUCAUUAGGAUCUCUUCUGUUCAGAAGAAUCGAAUUUUAGCAGCUUCAUUCAAUGAACUUCUAUUAAAAACAAUAGAAAUGGCAAGAUCGAAAUCAUAUCUCAAAGAAGAGCUUCGUAAAAUACCAGAAUUUCCUGUUUAUGCAACUACCAAGCUACGUGAAUAUAAGGAUGCUGUUUCUGAUAACUAUGGCGAAGAACCCCCGAACAAAAUUUACCAAUUCAUUGCAAAGUUCUUCCAAUAA